CGCCUGGUCUACACGUAUAAAGCCCAGCGCGCACCAGACGCACUUCACAUCAGAGACGCAACAGCAUUACGCGCAGACGGCCCGAGAACACCCUGGAAAUUAUGCAUUCUAACUUUGUCAGUUGGCUGGCAACCCUGGCGUUCCUGCUGUGGGCGCUGCUGUGCCUUGGCACCCUGACAAACGGAUACCCGGUGAAACCGGAGAACCCAGGGGAGGAUGCCCCUGCGGAGGAGCUGGCCAAGUACUACUCAGCGCUGAGACACUACAUUAAUCUCAUAACAAGACAGAGGUAUGGCAAGCGGUCCAAUCCUGAGAUCCUGGACACACUGGUCUCAGAGCUGUUAUUGAAAGAAAGCACAGAUACGCUUCCACAGUCAAGAUACGACCCAUCGUUGUGGUGAUGAGGUCAUCACCCUUGUCCGACCUCCACACGUGGGAAACAUGUCGUCGUACUUCUUCUUGCCCAUCUGCUAACGUUCUGCUGCUUGGUGCCAUCAAAUUGUAAAUAUUUCACCUCACGGUUGUCAUCUGAUGUCAAAAGUAAAUUGGGGCCAGUGUGUGUUAAUUGUGUUGUAUAUUUGUGCGAUU